AUGUUGGGUAACAGCAGCAGCCCCAAUUGCACUCUGUCCAGCCCACCUCUUCUGGGGGAGAUCUGCAAGCUCUUCAUCAUGGUCCUGCUGAUUGUUGCCAUCAUCCUGGGCAAUGUGGUGAGCCUCCUGGUCUUCCUGCAAGCCAGGCAGUUCAGGACCUCUCAGGGCUACCUGAAAGUCUCCUUGGCCCUGGCUGACCUGGCUGUGGGGCUCAUUGUGGUGCCCUACUCCGUAUACAGGGAGGCGAGCAGUCUAGCCUCUGGCAUGGGGCAGGAAAGCAGCAAUUGCUCUAUCCCGUCCUUGCCCUGCUUCAUCACUGGACCCAUCUUUGCUGGCUGCACCUUUGUCUCCAUCACGACCAUCUUCCUGCUGUCGGUGGAGAGGAGCGUGGCGGUGCUGAAGCCCCUGCACAAGAGGGUGGUGAUCACCAAGCGGCGGACGGUCUGGCUCAUCCUGCUCUCGUGGUUCAUGAGCUUCUUGUUGGCAGUGGUGCCUAUGAUCUCUAGCCCAGACAUCACCUUGCAGUAUAACCCCUGCAGCAAGAUGUGCACCUACGCCUUCCCAGCAGGCAAUCUCCCCGGCUCCCCCUGGAACAUCAUGCUGCUCUUCCCAGUCUUUGACUUAUCCUUGCUGGGGGGCACCUUUGUCAUCAACUUCAUCACCUUUGCCGCCAUCCACCAGUACUGCAAGGCACGCGGGCGGCUGGGCAGUGAGGCACAGCACGGCAGCCGCCCCUCCUUCUCCGACAUCACUGCAGCCAAGACCAUUGGCAUCGUGACCUUUGCCUUCUCGGCCUCCUUCGGCCCUAUCGCCUGGUGUGAGUUCUCCUUCUACGCCUUCUGGAUUCUGACCUCCAAUAGCUGCUGGAACGUGGCCAUCUACAGUGCCUGGGACCCCAAGUUCCGGCAAGGAGUCAGGGAGCUGUUCAGCAGGCCGGUGCUGAACUCUGCUUCCCAGCGCCCCAGCCGCUCCACAGAAGGGGACAGCUUUGCUCCAGCCUGUGUGGCUGUUUUCAAGGAGAUAUUUCGUCCAGAGAAUGCCUGA